GUUUAUCUCAGCGUAUUAAAUUUGGUGAUAGAAUGCAUUAUUUCUCGAAAACUUUCAAAAUAAGUGAUUAUUGACAAUCAGUGUCUUCUAGUAUUCUGGUUAUUAAUUUUGAUUCAUAGAUAAUGAUUGCCAUCCUAGACAAUUGGUGAACCUUCAUUCUAUCUCUCCAGUCUUGUUUUGAAACUGGCUCCUCACGCUAGGCUUUCUCAUGAAUAGAAUUUUGCAUCAUAGAAGGCCCUGAAACAGUUCAGGACUUUGCCAAGAUGCAAAUUCAAGAAAUUCAGGAUAAUAUUCGGAGUCGUGGGAACAAGAUAUUCCUGCUCAUGGAGGAGGUUCGAAGGCUGAGGAUACAACAGAGAAUUAAAGGAGCUGAGCUUGGUAUUUUACAGGAACAGCAAGAAAACGAAUUUCCUAAUUUUCCAUCAUUCAUCCCCUUCUUGCCUCCUUUGAGUGCAGAGAAUCUCAAGCUGUAUUAUGUGAUUUGUUUCACUCUUAUUGCUGGAAUUAUAAUUUUUGGUGGCCUCCUAGCACCCAUAUUGGAGCUGAAGUUAGGAAUAGGAGGCACAUCAUAUGAAGAUUUUAUUCGUAGCAUGCAUUUACCUGUGCAGUUGAGUCAGGUUGAUCCUAUAGUAGCAUCUUUCUCUGGAGGGGCAGUAGGAGUAAUCUCAGCCUUGAUGGUGGUUGAAAUAAAUAAUGUAAAACAACAGGAACACAAAAGAUGCAAGUAUUGUCUUGGAACAGGAUAUCUUGCUUGUGCUCGCUGCUCAAGCACAGGAGCACUUGUUCUUACUGAGCCAGUCUCAACAGUCAAUGGGGGAGAACAGCCUCUCUCAGCACCAAAAGCAGAAAGAUGUUCAAACUGUUCUGGAUCUGGAAAGGUCAUGUGCCCAACAUGCCUCUGCACUGGAAUGGCGAUGGCAAGUGAGCAUGACCCACGGAUUGACCCAUUUGAUUAGAGGUGCAUCAUCUUUCAUUUGCUAUUAAAUAUGGAGCUUCUGUAAAUAUUUCAAUGAUAAGAUAACUAAUUUCGGUGUAGACAUACAACAGAUUAACACAAGGGACUCCUUAAGUGAAUUGUUUUUUUGCCAUUUAAGAGGAAAAUCCCUGCUUUUCCAAGAAAUAGAAAAAACGACAGAACUUGUCACUCUGGCACCUUGUUUUUGCUUUCAUACCCUGGUACUGAUACCUC